UUGGAAACCACUGACGGAAGCCUAUGUUUAUGCUUAUCCGGAUGACAUUCCGGUCUUGUGUCCAUUGCUGUGGACCACUUGGCGGAAUUACUGAGGUCUGCAUCGAGGCUUGUUGAACCCUGCCGUAAGCCGUAAGACAGGCUGAGCCCGGGUCCCGAUCUUAGACCCGUCGUAACACUCUUCCAACGGAAGCCCACCUUAGCUCCAGCUCCAGCCUCGCCGAGCAUAGCUUUCAUGCGGCCAUCGUGAGAGCGUUGGUCAUCCCUUCAGUGAUGAGAAGUAGACAUAAAGCCACGGCUCUUUUCCAGAUUAUUCACCACAACCACUAUCUCAACAAUUCAUUUUCAACUUAGCUUCUCUAAUCCGGAGUUUCGUCGCAUCGCAACUUGCUCCAACCUGCCCAACACUUACUUGGUACUAUUAUUGUGGCUUUUCUCCAACGCAAUACAAUGUCUUUCAAGCUCAUCCUCGCCAUGGGCAGCAUCAUUUCUCUCGCUGCGUCGCUGCCCCACGCAGCUCGCGAGUGCACUCCAUCCUUGACACCGGGCAUAAUCGCUCAUCCUCAACACUUCAACGUCUAUCAAUCCGCCACGCAACCGAAUCACCCCACAGACAACGUCCCGCAUCUCGACCUCCACACCAACAUCACACGGCAGGUCGUCAUUUUCACCGGCAUUCCGUCCUCGGCUACGACUUGCUCACUCGGCUGGCGCCAGGGACCAAUUGAAACCCGCGUCUUCCGCGUCGACGGCAACGGUCUCGUGUCUUCGCGCCAGCUCAAGUCCGAAGGCUUCCCAACAUGGACCAAGGGAAGCAACGUUCUGAUCAACCCCACGACCAUCGCGCCGUUUCAAGAAGGCAGCGAAUUCUCAGCGGGCAUGGAUUUCACGUUCUGGGACCAGCCUGAAUUCUCCGCACCUGCGACGCACGGCGGCCCGAGUGUGAAGUGUGAGGAGAGGAUCGUUGUGGAGUUGGCAGUCAACCUUAACGAUGGACAAGAUGGUCGGGUGUUCAUGCAAGAUGAUGCCGAUAAUGGCUUGUACAUCUCAUACUCUUGA